AUCAGGCUGCUUCAGGGCUCGUUUUUUUCCAGGCUUUGCUCCUUUCAUCCUCUUAGUAACGCGAUAACAGCUCGCUGGGCGGAACAGCCCCGAUGGCCGUCAUGGAUUAACGGAAGAAAAGUUGUGGAGGCAAGGAUGGUGCUAGCUGAACGAGUGGUAAAGCUGGUCCAUUAGUCACAUAGCCAAAGAUGGCAUCCUAUUUAGCACAAGAAGUUCAGCUUGCUAAAAGACAUGAAGAAAUCGUGUCUCAGAGACUGGUGUUGCUUCAGCAGAUGGGGGAUCAUCUUGGAGACAAAGAUGCUGAGAAGACAUGGCAAAUGCAAGAAGCUGAUGCAGCUCAUAAAAGAAAUGUAGUACUUUUAAAUGCUAUAGAAGCAGCAGGGGAAAAACUACAGUCAAGAGAGCACUUGCUUCUGCACCCUGAUACUGUUAAUCUUGAGACUCGUUACUGGGCAAAAGUAGAAGAAUCCAUUCCCAAGUGGGAGCCAUUUUUUUUAGGAAGAACACAAGCCCCUGUUGGUAUAAAGAAGAUCAAGCUAACAAAGCAGAACAAAAAUCCCUCAAAAGGAUCAUUGCCAAGGAACAAUCUCCCUCUGAACAUCCAGAGAUACCCAAACACUCCUGAAUAUUUGGAUUGUGAACAUAUGUUCCACAAAGGAGGAUGAGUGUAGAGCUAAAGCUAUCUACCAUUUGAAUUAAUAGAAAGUAUGAAGAGCCGAUCUGCAGCUUGGGAUUUGUGAACACCAGUGCAUGUAGGAGGAUGGAGACACUGCAGCAAUUGAAGUGGACAUUUUUCGAAAGCGCCUCAGCUAGGCAUUCAGGAUCCACGUGUAUCUGUCGAAAAAUUACUUAUCCUUUUUCUAAAGCGUGUUAAUAUUAUAAAUCAUUUUGCUUCAAGGCAAAAUGAGAAGUAAAGGACUACUGAUAAUGCACUUGCUAGUGCUCAGUUUCGUUCAUUCUGUAAUUCUCAAACAGUGAAAUGACCUGCCUUUGGGAUGAGCAGGGAGUCACUAAGGGCAAUGCGAACUAAUAUAUGAGCAGGGAGUCACUAAGGGCAAUGCGAACUAAUAUACUAAGGGCAAUGCGAACUGCACAAAUAAAAAGUGUACUUUCAGAAACAGGACUUUCCUCUACCUUGUGUUGCUAGGAAGGAACCCCUUAAUAUUACACAUUCUGUAGAUCAGUGUAUUUCAUGGUAAGGUGCUGGGGCCAGUGGCAACCUGAAUCAACACAUAAGUGCAGCUCCCUGACUAAUUUAUUGGGCCUGUGUAAAGUUUCAGCUGAAGUUGAAUACUCUGCACAUUCCCCCUGGCACCAUGUGAAGAUGACCAUUUCCACCAUUACAGGCUUCCUUAAAGGAAAUGAAGCCCUCUUGAGCCUCUGCACCAUCUUAGAAGGUGUGGGUGGGGUGCUUUCCAGUGCUUUUCCCAGAGAGCUCUUUAGAGAGGGCUCCAUCUCUAUUAAAGAUGUUACCUGGGAGGCACCUUCUUCUGAAUGAUCCCCACUGCACAUUAAAAUCAUCGAGAGAGCUCCAUAUCUGUAUACUGCCAUUUUGUCUGGCGGUGACUUGGGAGCAAGCCUUCUCUAUAGUCACUCCUGGACUGUGGGAUGCUCUCCAUAUAUACAUUCGUGGUUUAACAUCUUUACCAGCCUUCAGAAUAGCCCUUAAGACACUUUUUUUUUUAGCCAGGCUUUUGGUAAUCUCUGAAUGUGUUAAAUUUUUAAUUGCUGUUUAAAAACUUUUAAUUGCUGUAAUCUUUGAAUGUUUUAAAUUUUUUAAUUGCUGUUUUAA